UACCUGAUGGGGCGUACACUCCCCCGCACCCCACCCGACUGCUCCGGGGGCAAAAUCUGAGUCCGUUUCUGACUAUGGGGCUAACGGGUGAAAACUCCGCAUUUAAGCGGACCCAGCCGCAAACUCUAUCAUCCCCCAGUGGGAGAGGCCGCGACCCCGGCGCUUAGCUCCCAGGCCGCGGGGGAGGGGGCCAGGCUCGGAGUACGCCCCGGGCACCAGCAGAGCGGCACCCGCUGGGGGCUCCGGCAGCGCGCGGCGCCGAGCACUACAGCGCCCACAGAGCUGCGCGCGCCGCCCGCCCUCGGCGAAGGGGCUGCUGGGAAUUGUAGUCCCAGGCCGAGCAAGGGGAAGAUGGCGGUGCCCAAGGCCGCGGUGGCGCUGAGGCACGUGAAGAGCGUCAUGGUCCGGUUCUGCCCUUUCCAGACCAAGGUGGAAACCACACGAAUAUUUCUUGAACAUGUAAACAGUAAAAAAGCUCGUGCCUCCAAUAUCAACUGUGUAGUGACAACAGAUGUAAGGCACGAUGGAUCUGAACCAGUUGUAGACAUCAUGUUUGCUGAUGGAGACAGAUUGAUAAUGAAAGGAGCCAACUUGACAGCAGCAGAAAUGUUAUCAGCUUUCAACUCCAGAUGCAUAGCAAAAGACCUGAAGGCAGAAGAGAAAACUAAGAAAAAGAGUGCUUGAAGAUCAAAGAAACAAUUAUGUUUAAAAUUGUUUAGGCAUGUGAAAAGCAAUGAGCAGCUUUUGUUAUCAGAACUACAUAGGAAACUUCACUGAUAACUGACAUGAAAUCUUAAAAAGAGAUAUGGACAAAAUGCUAGCCAGUUCAACAUACGGCUGAAUGAUUCGUAUAAAUAUAUAUUUUUCCUGAGGAAAAUACAAUGGAGAAGCUAAAAUCAUUAACUCUGGCAGGGUUGGCAAGUCUUGGAUGCACAAAUAAAUUCCUCUAGCCAUAUACACAAACUGUCAGUGUUUUGACCAUGCACACACUGAUCAAUGCCAUGCCUAUUUGUAUAUUAAUAUGAAUAAUGAAGAUGAGCCUAAUAAAUUUGUUACAAAUAGAAAAA